AAUCAAUCAACACAAACUCUUUGAAAAAAAUGGCAACAGUUCCCCUGGGAACUCAUCUCCACCAUUCAUGUCUUUUUGAAACCACCCCUAAUAAUAAUAAGUUCAGUUCCAAACAAUCAUGUUUUUAUUACAACAACAAGAAACACAGUAAUUUUAUGCUUAAUAAUAGUAAUAAAUGUGGCGGCAAAGCUUCCAAAACAAGGCCUGGUUUUGAUUCUUAUUGGGUAAUGAGCACUAAUGCUAGAUUAUCUGCUAAUAGUUCUACUUCUGAUACGGCUCUACUUGAUACCGAGGUCUCCGAUGAUGUCAUAUUUCAAGAAAAGUUCCCACUGCAACUCGUCGAAAAGGUGGAAGGAAAGAUACUAAUCAGAUUAGAUAGUGGUAAGGAUGAGGAAAAUUGGCAGCUAACUAUAGGAUGUAACCUUCAAGGGAAAUGGGUUCUUCAUUGGGGAGUUAAUUAUGUCGACGAUGUUGGCAGUGAAUGGGAUCAGCCCCCUGUUGAGAUGAGACCUCUGGACUCUAUUACCAUUAAGGACUAUGCAGUUGAGACGCCUUUGACAAAAUCGUCAGAAGCAGAUUCACUCUAUGAAGUGAAGAUCGAUUUUAACACUAAAAGCUCACUUGCAGCUAUAAAUUUUGUGUUGAAGGACGCGGAAAAUGGAUCUUGGUAUCAGUACAAAGGGAGAGAUUUUAAAGUGCCACUAAUUGAUUUCUCUGCCAAAGAUGACAAUGUUGUACAAACUAAAGUGGGAUUUGCUGUAUGGCCAGGGAGGUUUCCUAGCAUGGUGAUCCAAUCAGAAGAUGCUGUUUCUGAAGAUGAAAAUAAUAAUAAUAAUGGUAACUUAGAGGUGUCUGUUCAGCAAAAGAAGAUUCUUGAAAGUUUCUGUGAAGAGCACUCGAUUGUAAAAGAAACUCUAGUUGAGAACUCGAUGAAUGUAUACAUGAAGAAGGGUUCGGAUGCUUCCAAUCAUCUUGUGCAUAUAGAAACCGAUAUCCUUGAUGAUGUUAUUGUUCAUUGGGGAAUUUGCAAAGACGAGAGCAAGAAAUGGGAAAUUCCUUCUGGGCCUUAUCCAGACAAUACAACGGUUUUUAAGAACAAAGCUUUGCGUACUCAAUUGCAGAAAAAAGAAGGGGAGGAUGGCCGCUCUGGUGUAUUUCCACUUGAUAAAGAAACUGCCGGAUUUCUUUUUGUUUUGAAACUUAAGGAUAACACAUGGAUUAAUAAUAUGGGAAAGGAUUUUUACAUACCUGUUCCGAAGGAAAGUAAAUUAGAUGUUGAAGUGAAUGAAGAGGGUUCUGUAUAUACCGAUGAAAUUAUUGAUGAAAUUAGACAUCUGCUAAGUGGCAUAUCGUCUGAAGGGAACCAAAAAACAAAAAGUAAAGAAGCACAAGAAAUGAUCCUUCAAGAAAUUGAAAAGUUAGCUGCAGAAGCAUAUGGUAUCUUCAGAAGCUCUGUUCAAACGUCACCAGCGAUCAUAGAAGAAGAUGUGGAUCUUGAAUCCCCUGUAAAGAUAAAUUCAGCAACUGGUUCUGGUUCUGAAAUUUUGUUCCAAGGAUUUAAUUGGGAGUCUAACAAGUCCGGAAGAUGGUAUCUGGAACUAGAAGAAAAAGCAGCUGAAUUGGCGGCACUUGGGUUCACUAUUAUUUGGUUGCCUCCACCAACAGAAUCCAUUUCAGCUGAAGGCUACAUGCCAAGGGAUCUAUAUAAUUUGAACUCAAAGUAUGGAACUGUUGAUCAGUUGAAGGCUGUUGUGAAGAAAUUCCAUCAAGUUGGUAUUAGAGUUCUUGGAGAUGCUGUCAUAAAUCAUCGUUGUGCACAUUAUCAGAAUCAAAAUGGUGUUUGGAACAUUUUUGGUGGUCUAAUGAAUUGGGAUGAUCGUGCGGUUGUUGCUGAUGAUCCCCAUUUUCAGGGGCGAGGAAAUAAGAGUAGUGGUGAUAAUUUCCAUGCCGCACCAAAUAUUGAUCAUUCACAAGAGUUUGUGAGAAAAGAUCUUGAGGAAUGGUUAUGCUGGCUUAGGAAAGAGAUCGGGUAUGACGGAUGGAGGCUGGAUUAUGUACGUGGCUUUUGGGGUGGUUAUGUAAAGGAGUACAUGGAGGCAAGUAAACCGUAUUUCUCUGUUGGGGAGUAUUGGGAUUCUCUAAGUUAUACAUAUGGUGAGAUGGAUCACAACCAAGAUGCCCAUCGACAAAGGAUUGUUAACUGGAUAAAUGAUACUAAUGGAACCGCUGGAGCGUUUGAUGUCACAACAAAAGGAAUCCUUCACUCUGCAAUUGAAAGAUGUGAAUACUGGAGAUUAUGUGAUUCAAAUGGAAAACCUCCAGGCGUUGUUGGAUGGUGGCCCUCUCGUGCAGUCACGUUUAUUGAAAACCAUGACACUGGUUCUACACAGGGUCACUGGAGAUUUCCUGGUGGAAAGGAGAUGCAAGGAUAUGCUUACAUCCUGACUCACCCUGGAACACCAUCGGUUUUCUAUGAUCAUUUGUUCUCCCGCUACAAAAAUGAAAUUUCGGCACUUAUCUCACUCAGGAAUCGCAACAAGAUAAAUUGCCGGAGUAUAAUUAACAUCACCAAGUCGGAAAGAGAUGUAUAUGCAGCCAUAAUUGAUGACAAAGUGGCAAUGAAGAUUGGACCAGGACAUUAUGAACCCCAUAGUGGAUCCCAAAAAUGGUCGUUGGCUCUUCAGGGCAAUGAUUACAAGGUAUGGGAAGCAUCAUAGAAUCCUUCUCAUCGCCAUUUGUUCUGUAUCGUCAAUGAAACAUUUUUCAAGUAUGCACAUAAAUAUUGUAUCCGAAGAGUAUCAACUAAUAAAAAGUUUGUAACUAAGACUGCUGCUUUGUCACCCUUAAUCUUAGUUACAAAGUUAUGAAUAACAGCAUAAGUUUCCCGAUUUAAA